UCAAUUCGAUUGUCCAGUUCGUGUACAUUUCUCUUCUCGCUCUUGUUGCUAAACCUCUCUGCGUAAAGUCUUUGCAUCUUCAGUGUCCUGUCCACUUGUGUGCAUUUCAAAAUAUCGUUAUUAAAAAAAUUGAGCUUGCUCUCUCUACCCGCCUUCACUGUUGCAGGCUUUCAUCACGAGCGCCAUUGUCAUGAUCGAAAUUAUCAGCGACCAUUCGUAUACGAGUCAAGCGAUGUUGGUCUGUGGCACUCUAACGGGUUAUUUGAUUAUCUGCUGCACUUUGUUCCUUGGUCAUCUGCUCGGCGCUGUUAUUGAUAAGCGCAUCGACUGCCUCUUCAGUAUCGGCGCAAUCAUAAUGUUUAUCGCUUCCGGCGUCAUUGUGCUAGACCGUUGGACCAAUCAGUUACUACAGUCACAGGAUCUUAAUGCGUUAAAGGGUGCUGGCGCAUUUAUGUUAAUAACUGCAUUAAUAUUUUUUGCCGAUACUUUUGUUAUUGUACGCAGUUAAAUAGUAAUUAGUAGA